CUGCGGAUAAAAAUGGAACGUUAGUAGUUGGGAGUGGACGAAAUUGAAGGCGUCAAUUUUACCUUGAAAAUUUACAGACGACGACGACGAGGUCACAGGAGUAAAUCACUUCACUCUCACUCGCAAACGACAACCUCAUUUGUGCCUGGUGAUUGUUAUCAGAAAAGUAAAGAGACAUGGAGGGGGAAGACGAAGCUGCCAUAGCUAAGACGCUGAGCGUUAACAAGGAUAAGGAAGCGCAAAUGCAGGCACAGUCAAGCCUUUACGAAGCGUACAGUGAGCUUCACGGGCUAGCACAGGAGUUGGGGACGCCAUUCCAGGCGCCGGCGGUGCUGGUCGUCGGACAUCAAACGGACGGCAAGAGCGCUCUGGUCGAAGCCCUUAUGGGCUUCCAAUUCAACCACGUCGGUGGCGGUACCAAGACUCGCCGCCCUAUUACCCUCCAUAUGAAGUACGAUCCUGACUGCCACCUUCCUGUUUGUCACCUUGUCUCUGAUGAUGAUCCCACAAUUGCUCACCACAAAACCCUUGCCGAAAUUCAGGCGUAUAUUGAAGCUGAAAACAUGAGGCUUGAGCGAGAAACGUGUAAUUUCUCAGCCAAGGAAAUAGUUAUCAAAGUGGAGUAUAAGUAUUGUCCAAAUCUUACUAUCAUUGACACUCCAGGUCUCAUUGCUCCUGCUCCAGGCCAAAAGAAUCGAGCAUUACAGGGCCAAGCUCGAGCAUUGGAGUCCCUUGUUCGAGCAAAAAUGCAGCAUAAAGAAUUCAUUAUAUUAUGUCUUGAAGAUUGCAGUGACUGGAGUAAUGCAACCACUCGAAGAGUGGUAAUGCAAGUUGAUCCUGAGCUUUCAAGAACAGUUAUUGUUUCAACCAAAUUGGAUACAAAAAUUCCCCAGUUUGCACGGUCGUCUGAUGUGGAGGUUUUCCUUUCUCCACCUGAAUGUACACUUGAUGGCUUCAUAUUGGGUGACGCUCCUUUUUUCACGUCUGUGCCAUCAGGACGAGUUGGGAGCGGACACAAUUCAGUGUAUGAAUCAAAUGAUGAGUUCAAACAGGCUAUAUCUCUGCGAGAGAUGGAAGAUACUGUAUCUUUGGAAGAUAAGCUAGGGCGGCCAUUAUCAAAGAAAGAAAGAAGUAGAAUAGGUGUGAGCAGACUUAGGUUAUUUUUGGAAGAAUUACUACUAAAAAGGUAUAUGGAUAGUGUUCCUUUGGUCAUUCCACUUCUUGAAAAAGAGUAUCGAUGUACAACAAGAAAGCUACAUGAUAUAAACAAGGAGCUCAGCUCUCUAGAUGAAGUAAAGUUAAAGGAGAAAGCAAGAAGAUUUCAUGAUCUUUUCUUGACCAAGCUGUCAUUGCUGCUGAAAGGAACAGUUGUUGCUCCUCCAGAGAAAUUUGGUGAAACACUGCAGGAUGAAAGAACAAAUGGAGGAGCAUUUGUUGGCACUGAUGGUCUACAAUUCUCGCACAAGCUAAUUCCUAAUGCGGGAAUGCGUCUUUAUGGAGGGGCACAAUAUCAUCGUGCAAUGGCUGAGUUUCGUUUUGUGGUUGGCGGAAUUAAAUGUCCUGCAAUUACACGGGAAGAAAUUGUGAAUGCAUGUGGUGUUGAAGAUAUUCAUGAUGGAAUGAACUACUCAAGGACGGCCUGUGUGAUAGCAGUUGCAAAGGCCCGCGACACAUUUGAACCUUUUCUUUGUCAGCUGGGAUGUAGGCUCUUGCACAUCCUGAAGAGGUUAUUUCCUAUUGCUUUGUACCUUCUUCAGAAAGACAGCGAGUACUUAAGUGGCCAUGAGGUGUUUCUCAAGCGUGUUGCCUCUGCCUUCAGCAGCUUUGCAGAAUCCACCGAAAAAGCUUGCCAUGAAAAAUGCAUGGAGGAUUUAGUGAGCACAACUCGCUACGUCACUUGGUCCCUUCAUAAUAAGAACCGUGCUGGUUUACGUCAAUUUUUGGACUCAUUUGGUGGAACAGAACAAUCUGCUACUGUGGGUAAUUCAGUACCUGUUGGUCUUUCCCAGGAGUCAUCUACUGGGUCAGUUGUCUAUGAGAAGCCUGACACUAAGUCAAGGACAGAGGUAAAGCUCAGUCAUCUGGCUUCAGGCACGGAUUCAAAUUCUUAUAUUCAAACAACAGAAACAAGGCUGACUGACCUUCUGGAUAGCACACUCUGGAAUCGGAAACUUGCUCCUUCAUCUGAAAGGAUUGUUUAUGCUCUAGUACAACAGAUAUUUCAUGGCAUACGAGAAUACUUCUUGGCAUCUGCUGAACUGAAGUUCAACUGCUUUCUUCUAAUGCCAGUUGUGGAUAAGUUGCCUGCUCUUCUCCGUGAGGACCUUGAAUCUGCUUUUGGAGAUGACUUGGAUAAUGUUUUCGAUAUCACCAACCUUCAUCAAUCACUGAGCCGACAGAAGCAAGACACAGAGAUUGAGCUCAAAAGGAUAAGGAGGCUAAAAGACAAAUUCAAGAUGAUAAAUGAGAAGCUCAACUCACAUCGUAUUGCUUCAAGUUUGUUGACCACUUCAUCAGAGUGAUUCACAGUCCAUCAUAAAA